AUUCAUUUCAAUCCCUAUUUAGGCUCUACUCCCUUUGGUCAACUGUACACUCCUGGAUUACACUGUAGACUUCCUAAUGGGCUCUGGGGUUAAAGAAAUAUUUGUGUUCUGUUCAUAUCAUGUGGAACAAAUAAUAAAUUAUAUCAAGUAGGUAGAAAAAUUAGUUAAUGAAGAGUUUCUUCCUGUAAGAACACUGCACAAACAAGGAAUGAUCCUUACUGGACUUCCAGGAAGAACAGUUUGGAACUUAUAGAGCUAUCCAGUAUAAAUAAAGUUAGUUUAGUUUAGGUUUCCUCCUGUAGUAACACUGGAUCAAUAAGAGAUGAUCCUUACUGGACCUCUAGGAAGAACAGUUUAGAACUGAUAGAACUAUCCAGUAUAACAAAGUUAGUUCAGUUUAGGUUUCCUCCUGUAGUAACACUGGAUCAAUAAGAUAUGAUCCUUACUGGACCUCUAGGAAGAACAGUUAUAAAUUGGAACCCGCGUAGGUAGUGCCAAAUACAAGUAAAUUUGUACGACGUUUCAAGUGAAGACCCUUCUUAUUAUCUGACAUACAUACAAGCAAGUUUCUUUCAUACAUUUAGAGAUCCAGAGUGGAGUGCAAAACGUUCAACAUGUACAUUUCAUACCGUGCUCUCUGAGGGUUGUAUGUCAUUGGGUGAUGCCUUGAGAGAGAUUGAUAGACAGGUUCGUCAUCUAACUCAUCUUGAAAUAGGAAACUUAAAACAAACUGUCUCGACCUUGAAUUUGCAGACGAUUUUUAUGCUUUAUUCGUGUUGAAGUGUAAACGAAGUACUGUAUAAUAUUUUUCAGGCUUUUAUAAAGACAGAUUUCAUUCUUGUCCAUGGCGACCUAGUAUCAAACAUAAAAUUGGAUAAAGUUUUAAAAGAACAUAAGUAAGGGCCUGUUCAUAUGGGCAAAAGUUAUCCCGGUUAGCGAGAAAACUUUUCGACAAGUUUAUAAGCGAGAUCUCGCCUUGGUAUGAAAAUAAUAAGAAAAGUUACGCUGCGUUCUUAUGAGACAAAACGUUUUCCAGUGUACCGAGAUCUCGCUUGUUGACAGGCGAGAUCUCUGUGACCGGGAUAAUGUUUUGCCCAUAUGAACACAACUUUCCCGCUUAGCGGGAUAACUUUCUGUCGUGUCAGCAACUUUUCAAUUCAAUUGAUGUUCAGUGCCACGUCACAGCUGAAUACUUUUCCCGGUAAGCGGGAUAAAGUUUCUCCAUAUGAACAGAACAAAAGUAUUUGGCUAGUCGAAAAGUUUUCUCGUUAACCGGGAUAACUUUUGCCGAUAUGAACAGGCCCUAAGUCUCUGCUUUUUAUACUAUAAUGUCUAAACUCUAAAGUAUGAUACCCAAAAAUUUUGUUGCUUUCAAUUAGGGAAAGGAGACAAAAGAGUAAAUCUUCUAUAAUGACGAUGAUUUAUAAACCUGCUGCUCCCGAUCAUAAAACAAGGUGAAAUUUUAGACUUAAGAAAUUCAUUCUUAAGAAAUUCACACGUUGUUUUCCGCACUUUGUGUGAGAAAGAAAAUAGAUUGAUGUAUACUUUUCCGUCUCAAUGAUAGAUCUGCGGAGGAUGACGUGUUUCUUGCUAUCGCAUCAUCUUCCAAUAGAAUACUUCACUGGGAGAAGACAUAUAAGAAAAAUAAAUUCUGGCUUCCUCUGGUAUGCUAUACUGUUGAGCGUUCUUUUGCUGUGAUCUGUUGCAAAUAAACCUCGUUAAUUUGUUUAAUUCUUUAUUUUUCUUCAGGAAUUGUUUAUAGAAAAUACUGAUGUCAAACUCAGAUACGACCUAUUAGAUUGUGGCAUCAGUGUCUGCUCUACAGAGGUAACGGUUUUUACACUUUGAUCAAUAAAAUUUUUUAAAUUAACCCUUCUUUUGUACCUAAUCAGGGUGUUAGCCAGAAAAAACGUUUUGUCCGUUAAACGUAAAUUGGGAAAGUUUUUUUGACCGAUCAAAGUCCUUGUGUAGGAAUAAAUAUAGUGCUUUUUUCCAACGUGUUUCUCCUUAGAUGCAAACAACGGUAGCUUGGUUUUGUACAUUUCAUUUCCGGUGAAUGAACACUGAAAAAUGCACCCGAUGGCACUUCGUUUUGUAUAUUCCAUUUCCGGUGAUGCACACCGAUUACACUUUGUUUUGUACAUUUCAUUUCAGUGAAUACACACCCAAUAUGAAUGAAACGCGAUACAUUUUGAUAUAAUCUUCUUCUUAAUCUUCUUCUUUUCUGUGAUAUAAUAAUAUAAAAUCAAUUAACGCAAUUUCUCAUCAGAAAAAUGAAAAUCUUCCAGUAGACCCAGUUGGGAAAGCCCCUUAGCUACUUCAAUUGGGAAGAGUCCGUCAAACGGACAGUAUAUGGGCUAGCUAACACCCUGCUAAUUCUGCAUUGCUUUAUGGAGGAACCACAGCUUCUGUCCAAUAAUCUAAUAUUCAACGUUAAUUUUCAGGUGCCGCAAUUAUUUACGGAUAAUUUUGACUACCAAACCAAGGAUGACUUUGUCCGUGGAAUAAUAAUUAAUGAAGAGGUCGGACAUAAAUUGUUUGCUUGAAAGUGUUUUGAAUUAAACAAACCGGUAAAUUAAUCUCUUUCGUUUCUUAUUAUCCGCGCAGGUGAUGGGAAAUAAAAUUCACUGUUAUGUAGUGGAUGACGAAUAUGGCGCUAGAAUAACAAAUCUUCAAAUGUAUGAUUCUAUAAGGUAGCGUCCUUUUUUGAGCUUUUAUUUUACCAAGUUCUGCAAUUCUGGUGUUUGAAAACCAAGUUCUGCCAUUUGAAAGGGAGUUCUGGCAUUUGAAAAGGCAGUUGUGGCGUUUGUAAUGGGAGUUCAGGCAUUUGAAAAGAGAGUUAUGGCAUUUAAAAAGGAAGUUAAGGCUUUUGAAAAGGGAGUUAUGGCGUUUGAAAAGGGAGUUAUGGCGUUUGAAAAGGAAGUUCUGGCAUUUGAAAACCAAGUUCUACCAUUUGAAAAGGGAGUUUUGCCAUUUGAAAAGGGACUUCUGGCAUUUGAAAAGAGAGUUUUGCCAUUUGAAAAGAGAGUUUUGCUAUUUGAAAAGGGAGUUCUGCCAUUUGAUAAGGGACUUUUGCCAUUUGAAAAGGGAGUUGUUUGAAAAGUGCUCAGAUACCUUUACCUAUUUCUAAAAAAAAUUGUGUUUUUAGUAAGGACAUAAUUCGUCGUUGGGCUUAUCCAGUCGUUCCAGACAAUGGCAUACUCCACUCAGAUGAUAGAUACAUAUAUAACCGACAUAAUGUCUACUUUGGACCUGGGGUUCUUCUUGCAAGGUAACAUUUCUAAUUUUCAACAUUUUAUUCAAAUUUUGCGCCAAAAUAUAGUCCAAAGACUAGUCUACAAAAUACCAUUAGUUACGUAAUAUUUUUUCACUUUUCUUUCUCGCUAGGGAUUGUAUAUUAGAGCAAGAUGUGGUCGUUGGGUCUGGGUCUAGUGUUGGUACGGGAAGUGUCAUACGAAAUUCAGUCAUUGGAAAACAGUGUGUCAUAGGUAUUGAAUUGGUGUAGAAAAAUGUACCAAAUGAGUCUAUGUGUGUUCCUAUACGUACUUCCUGCCAUUAAUACCCAUAUGUACGAACGGUACUGUGUAGAUAUCUUAUAUACACUAGAUAGUGCAUCUAAUUAUUCCGCAAUUCAAAAAUUGAAGCCGUGAUUGCAGACUCAAGAUAUUCCCAUGAAAUGAGAAGACAUUUUCAAACUAUUCAAAUGAUGAAAGUUAUUGUUGUUUUUUAAGCGUUUAUUAGCGAGUGGGAAACUCCAACAUGGCCGCCAUCUAUUCAAAUGGGGGUAACCGGUGGAAUAUUCUUGGCUUCAAUUUUACUAAAAGAGAUGCGCUAUCUAGAAUUUAUAUAAGAUAUCUAUGUACUGUGGUAGUUCAUAAGGCAUAUUUUAAACUUGACUCUCAAGAAUUCAAAUCGCGUUUUAAACCUCCCAUUUUUGUGCGCAAACUGUUUUAAUGCGGCUAGAAAAAAACUGCUUUUAUGCAUUUGGAAGUUUUAUUUUGAGAAUAGCUUUAGUGUUCAAGAAAUCGGAAGACCCUGUGAACAUGCACACCAAAUUUUAUGUUUAUUGGCUAUUAGAAAAUGACGUACUUACACACUGUAUAUAAUGCUUGUGAUGUUACUCUGAGUUGAAAAAUAUGCCUGGCCACGGUGGGAAUCGAACCUACGACCUUUGGAAUACUAGCCUGAGUACAUUACACCAACACAGAAAAAAUCACACUGUAUACUGUUUUUCCAUAUCUUCUUCAGGUGAUAAUGUUGUCAUAGAAGAUUCUUACAUAUGGGACGGUGUCAAAGUUGAAAACAACUGCCGAAUAUCAAAAUCGUUACUCUGUGAUAAAGUCUUAGUUAAACAGUACGUUUUCGCUGUCUUAUCUCCUAAAGUGUCGAAGCUUUGAAUUUAUCCAGUAAGCAACAUAGUAAAUCAUUAUUUUCUUUCUCUAUUUUAGAAAUGUCACUACUCAAAAAGGUUGCAUCUUAUCUUUUAAUGUAAGUUUAAAGUUAAUGAUAAUUGUGAAUUCUUGUCUCGUUUGUCUCAUUAUCAAUGUUAUAUUUUAAGGUCGUCGUUGGUCCAGACAUUGACUUGAGACCAGGGGUUAAGAUAACUUUUAAAAAAGCUGAGAAUAAGGACGACUUUGGUAUGGGUGAACUGUCGUUGGUGGACAAAAGUAACGACGGUAUAUGUGUACAAGAAUGAAGCUACUUAACAAUUAUUCGCCGAAGGCGAGGUGAUUAUCGGUGAAUAAAAACCGAGACGAAGUCGAGGUUUUUAUUCACGAUAAUUACCGAGCCUGAGGUGAAUAAUUGUUUUAGUAUAAUUUCAUAGGUGAUUAUUUGGAAAAAAAUAAGAAAAUACACAUUUCUUCGUCAUUUAAUUGACGAAAAAGGCUUCGGCCGCCAUUUUGAAAAUCGCUAGGUGAUUAUCGCGUAAUAAUCACCUCAACGGCAACCAAUCAGCGUGGAGAAUUUUCAAUAAUCACCUAUGUAAUUAUACUAAAGUUAAUUAUUAUACUGUUAUGGCCGUUAAUUUUAUGUUCUGUCUAAAUUUGGAUAGAUCUGUGUCAAUUUGUGCACGUCCAGGUUCUUUACUGUUUUGAUCUAUUUUUCGAAGUUGUCAGGUCUUCCUAGCCUUGUUUAUUAUGUUUCAGUAGCUAUUUUAUAUUCUAUGAAUUGUUAUAUGCAUGUUUUAUAAAAUUUGCACGCAGCUAAUUAAGUAUGUUUGUGAAAUACAAUACAACGAAAACUUCGAGGAAUUUGUUUGCUUGGCUUCAAGUUUCAAUUCGUGUGAUGACUUUGAACAGGUAAAUCGAAGUUUUCGUUGUGUUUUAUUUGUGUUUUAUUAUCUAUAUAUUUAAAAUUAAAGGGCCCACAGUAAUUGGUACCAUACUGUUGUGGUGACCCUGCCAUGAAUGCAUGAUAAUGGCGAAGUUAAAUAAAUAAAUUUACACACUAUACUUAACUUUUGCCUAAAACUGUCGCAUGCAACCUGCUUACAACUUGAGUUGUACUGUGUAAAUCAAGCACACAACUCCCUUACAUUAUACAGCAUUUAAUAUAUUGUCGUAGUUUCCAUGUGACAGUUUUAGGCAAAGGACGUGUUAGGUAAAUCGACCCUUAACAGAUUGUAUUACACAGGGUUCGUACAAAACUUGAAAAUGCUUGAAAGUCCUUGAAUUUGGAAACAAAAAUUCAAGGCCUUGAAGAUCCUUGAGUUUAUAAAGAAGUGCUUGAAAGUCCUUAAAUAUUUUCUGAAAGUGUUCGGCAUUAAGAAGUGGACAUUUUGUAAAUUGAUUUUGUUCAUGUCUUACAAGGCCAGGGUUUGAAAUUCAUUUAAGGUGCCGUGUGAACAGUUUAACGUCACUUUUUACUGAUUCGAACGCCUUCUUUUCAGCCUUUAGUCCUUGAAUUUCCUGAUAAAUGGCCUUGAACGUCCUUGAACGUAACUCUUCCUGACCUGUGCGAACCCUUACGAAUCCUGUCCUAACUAAUUUUGGUGCAUGACCAAAGGACAGCGGCUGCAAACCAUAUAGAUAUCUUAUAUACACUAGAUAGUGUAUCUAAUUAUUCUGCAAUUCAAAAAUUGAAGCCGUGAUUGCAGACUCGGGAUAUUCUCAUGAAAUGAGAAGACUCGUAUAUGUUUUCUAUUUCUUAAACAGGGAACUUAAACAUUAAGUUAAACCUAUUCCAAAUACAUUUUCAAACUAUUCAAAUGAUGAAAGUUAUUGUUGUUUUUUAAGCGUUUAAUAGCGAGUGGGAAACUUCAACAUGGCCGCCAUCUAUUCAAAUGGGGGUAACCGCUGGAAUAUUCUUGGCUUCAAUUUUACUGAUGCGCUAUCCAGUGUAUAUAAGAUAUCUAUUCUGUAAACAGAUAAAAAACACAGUUCCUGCUCUGCUAAGAACGACGACCUGUAAUCUAAAUCAGUAAACCAUUUUGUUUGCAGAGUCGUGUAACGCGGAAGAGGUAGGAACCGAUGGUCGUGGUUAUGUUUGGAAGAAAGAAGUUGAUUCUGACGGAGAAGACGAACAGGAAUUGAUCGACUUUUGGGGUAAGAAAAUUCACUUGACUUUUUCUUAUGAAGUGAUAAUUCGCUGUAUGUAUAGAAGUGCUUGUUGCCCGUAACAGCCGUCUGUAUCGUGUGUGUUGUGUUUCUUGUCAGGUCACAGCAGUGCGAAUAUAAGUGAGGAAGAGAGCAGUGAUGAUUCGAUGUCUGCAGGAAGUCCUACAUCAAGUCCUCCUCCAGAGGAUGCGAAAUGUAAGAAAUGACUUGACUGAAUGCUUUGGUGUACGCAUGGGAUCCCUAAGAGAUGAUUCUUACUGGACCUCUAGGGAGAACAGUUUAGAACUGAUAGAGCUAUCCAGUAUAAAUAAAGUUAGUUUAGUUAAGGUUUCCUCCUGUAGUAACACUGGAUCAAUAAGAGAUGAUCCUUCCUGGACCUCUAGGGAGAACAAUUUAUAACUGAUUGAGCUAUUACUGGACCUCUAGGAAGGACAGUUCAGAACUGGUAGAGCUAUACAGUAUAUGAAUAAAGUUAGUUUAGUUUAGGUUUCCUCCUGUAGAAACACUGGAUCAAUGAGAGAUGAUCCUUACUGGACCUCUAGAGAGAACAGUUUAGAACUGAUAGAACUAUCCAGUAUAAAUAAAGUUAGUUUAGUUUAGGUUUCCUCCUGUAGUAACACUGGAUCAAUAAGAGAUGAUCCUUACUGGACCUGUAGGGAGAACAGUUUAGAACUGAUGGAGCAAUCCAGUAUAAAUAAAGUUAGUUUGUCUUGAUAAAAUAUUGUUAUUUUAAACUUCAUAGUGUUCUAUAAUGAAGUUUUGGACACAGUUCGUAAUGGCAUUGCGAAUAAAGUCAACCCUGAUAACUUGGUGCUGGAAAUCAAUGCAUCAAAGUAAGUACAACAGACCUACUGUACAAUACAACAGGAUGAUGAAAACCAUGCAGAGAAUCUAGCGACUAUAGUCCGCGGUUCGAACACACGAAGCGCAUUUUGAACACAUCAGUUUGGACCACAUAUUCAACGAAUGUGGAACGCGUGUUGAACGUACAGUAUGUGCAAUGCAUUUAUGUAGACCUCAUGGACACACGUAAAAAUCUCACAACUUGUUAUUAUAACAAGAUGUGUUCGCAACAGGCUUGUAGCAAGCUUGUCAACAAGUUGUAACAAUGCUGUUAUUUUAUGAAGUUGCUACAAGGUUGUCACUCACAACUAGUUGACAAAUUGUUGAAUUGCAGGACAAUAACAAGUUGUUGGGACAACUUGUAGCAAGUCUGUUGAGCUGAACAACCUUGUAGCAGUUUGUCAACAAGCUGUUGACAACUUGUCAACAAGCUGGGAACAAGCAGUGCGAACAUAUCCUGAUGACAAGUUGUUGGAACAUCAUUGCUACAAGUCUGCUGCAGGUUUGUUACAACUUGUGCGUUUUUACGUGGAACGCGUCCGGUAAACCGCGUGUAGAAACCACCUUGACCGCAUGUAGAACGCAUGUAAACCGCGUGUAGAAACCACCUUGACCGCAUGUAGAACGCAUGUACACCGCGUGAUAGAAAAUGUGUAUUUUUUAUAGAUAUGCGUACAAUGUGACAUUUGAAGAACUCAAUCACGCUGUAACAAAGACAUUCUUGGAAUGUAUAUUCUCAGGUCUUACUGCAUAUCAACAAGAUGUCCUCAAAGAUAUGAAAAAGGUUCGGUUGUUUAGAUCUUAAAAUUACUCACUAUCAGUUCUAAACUGUUCUUCCUAGAGGUCCAGUAAGGAUCAUCUCUUAUUGAUCCAGUGUUACUACAGAAGGAAACCUAAACUAAACUAACUUUAUUUAUACUGGAUAGCUCUAUCAGUUCUAAACUGUUCUUCCUAGAGGUCCAGUGAGAGUCAUCUCUUAUUGAUCCAGUGUUACUACAGGAGGAAACCUAAACUAAACUAACUUUAUUUAUACUGGAUAGCUCUAUCAAUUCUAAACUGUUCUUCCUAGAGGUUCAGUAAGGAUCAUCUCUUAUUGAUUCAGUAGUACUACAGAAGGAAACCUAAACUAAACUAACUUUAUUUAUACUUGAUAGCUCUAUCAGUUCUAAACUGUUCUUCCUAGAGGUCCAGUAAGAACCUGUGUAAUGCAGGAAUCGAACCAUGGUACACAUUAUCCAUUGUACAUAACUUAACUACUUCUAAUUAUAAUUUCAGGCUGUAAGCCAUUGUCAUCCGUUAUUUGCUCACUACAUGAAAGAAGCUGAAAACCAACGGGUUGGAAUCCUGGCCGCAGAGGUGUGUAUAUACUACUUUCCCUCAACAGUUAGCUCCAUUAUAUUUCGAGCGAGAACUCGCGUUCCAGUUUGCCUGAGGUAUAAAUGUUUGCUUUUUGUUUGUGCAGGAAUUUUUUAUUCAGAACGAAGAAAUGUCGCCAGCGUUUCAGACAUUCUUACAUUUAAUGUACGAUCGGGAGGUUUUUGAUGAAGGCGUCAUUCUUGAUUGGUUCAAAUCGCCUUCGCAAGAUGACUCGCUUGGAAAUGAAAAUCAGGAAAAGAUUCGGGAACAGGUAGGACGUACAGACACAACUUGUAACAAACCUGCAGCAAACUUAUUGUACCCUACUGCAGUUUCAACAACUUGUUAUCAGACUUAUCAGGAUGUGUUCAAGUAGUUGUUCUCAGCUCGUUGACGUAAUAUAUGAAUAACGAGAGCGAGUGUUUCACGAGGAUAUCCAAACACGAGAAAACAAUGUUUGAGUGUUUUCAUACAUUGUUUUCGAGUGUUUGGAUAUCCCGGUGAGACACUAGCUCCAGUUGUUUAUAUGGCUUCUCAAAUGAAUCGAGACGUAACAGAAUGUUUUCCUUUCCUGUUUUGAAUAGAAUUCUUAACCAAGCAUAACGUAAUUAGGAAUUCUAUUCAAGUAAUUUUGCAUGUGUAAUUAAGAUAUUUGAUGAAAACACAGUGACUUUCAUCAAAUAUCUUAAUUACGUAUGCAGUUAAACUCCUGUGGUGCUGUGUCUGACGAUGUUUGACCGCGGUAUCCAAACAGCAUCUUGUGACGGGAUGCUUACAUGCUAUUUGGUUUAAUUACUCAUGAAUUAUUAAUGAAUUUGAUAAAUGUUGCUACAAGGUUGUUUGACUCUAUUUAGUUGAUACAAAGUUAUUCUAACAAACUUGUUAUCGUUGUGUAAUUCAACAACUCGUUAACAAGUUGCGAGUGAUAACCUUAUAGCAACUUGAUGAAAUUACAACAUUGUUACAAGUUUAUGACAAGCUUGCUACAAGCCUGUUGAGUGCACAUCUUGUUGACAAGACUACUUGUGCAAUCGCUUACAGAAAAUCAUGUGUAUUGAGAAAUAAUUUUUGAUCUUAUUUUUCAUAUUUUUUGUAUAGGUAUCUCGGUUUAUAACGUGGCUCGAAGAAGCAGAAGAGGAAUCAGACGAUUAGUUCAUGAUAUAUAAAGGUAUGUUCGUGUAUUCUACAUCAACUAUACCAUGAAGGACUGGCUGGAACGUUGACAGGUCGGCCUGGGACGUUGAAAGUUCGGCAUUUGGUCGGCAUCGCCGAAUACCAACCACGUUAUAUUAAAUCCUGGUUCACACUAAUAGCAAUCUUGUCGGCGAUUUUGUAUUUCUGACGGAUGGAAAUGAGUGAACUCGCACACAAAAGAAAAAAGUCACUUUUCACAUAGUUCGUAGCGGUCUUUGAUUUCCUUGAAAGUCUUUAGAUAUGAAUGUAGGGUCUUUAAGGUAUUUGAAAAGUGUUUGAAUUGGGUGAAAAAGCAAAGAAAGUCUCUAAAAUCUUUAAAUUCUUUAGUGAGAGUGUUUGAUUAUACGAUUUCCUGGCUAAUAAAAUAGAUUGAUUGAAGAGCAAGGUUUUUGCAAAUAUCGACGAAAAGGUGCAUUUUAGGAUGUGUUUGACGGACUAAUUACCUGGUAAAAAUGGUGCUUACACUCGCAAUUUUUCGACAGCCGAUUGCUCUUCAAGGUCUUUGAAAAGUCUUUGAAAGUAGGCAGAAAAUAGCUUUGAAAGUCUUUAAAUUUUUUUGGUCUUGGAGACUACGAACCCUGUUUCAGAAGUAAACAAUUCUCUAAGUCUUUUGCAUGUCAUUCAUCCAUCACAUUUGCCAGGAGGAAAGAACUCGCCGACAGAAUUGCAGUGUGCAUGAACCAGAUUUAAAUGCGAGUUUGCAACCGAAACACCAGGUCAAUGAGACAAUGUGUUAACAUUUUGGCAUCUCAUGCACAUAUGGACAUAAUUUGUAAAUGAGAAUGUUAAGCUUCCUAUUAUUUAUUAAUCAAUUAUGAACGAGCAAGUUGCAAAUGCUGUCUAUGUCCUUUGAAUUGCAGUGCGAACGAAGAAGCCCCACCCCCCGAAUAACGGCAAAUUACCUUUGAACGAUAACCCUAUCAUAAAUAACCGAAAAGCAUAUUGUUUAUCUAAUUUUGCAAUUUUGAAAGUGUAAUUAAAAUGUGAUCUUAUUGUAUUAAUACUACAAUUAGUAACCCAAAUCAAUAUGUUACUGACUUCAACAAGCAGCACAAAAUGUAAACUAGAAUCCGGACAAGUUCCAAGAAUGAAAAAUGUUUUUUCUUGA